GUUUUGCGUAUCAUGGCGGCCUGCAGACGGUGCUGCUCAUGCCUCGGGCUCCGGCCCCGACCCUUGGGCAGUGGUCCUCUCGGUCUGCCAGGACGGUCUCGGGUACUUACCCCAUUGCAAGUACGAGCAUUAUGGGGUGAAACGGGGCCUCGAGCUGUCACCGUGGAUUUAGGAAGCAGAAAAUUAGAAAUAUCCUCUGGAAAACUGGCCAGAUUUGCAGAUGGCUCUGCUGUAGUACAGUCAGGUGACACAGCAGUGAUGGUCACAGCAGUCAGUAAAACAAAACCUUCACCCUCCCAGUUCAUGCCCUUAGUGGUUGACUAUAGACAGAAAGCUGCUGCAGCAGGUAGAAUUCCCACAAACUAUCUUAGAAGAGAAAUUGGUUCUUCUGAUAAAGAAAUACUUACAAGUCGAAUAAUAGAUCGUUCAAUUCGACCCCUCUUUCCAGCUGGCUACUUUUAUGAUACACAGGUCCUUUGCAAUCUGUUAGCAGUAGAUGGAGUUCAUGAACCUGAUGUCCUAGCAAUUAAUGGUGCUUCAGUAGCCCUCUCCUUAUCAGAUAUUCCUUGGAAUGGACCCAUUGGGGCCGUGCGAAUAGGAAUAAUUGAUGGAGAAUGUGUUGUUAACCCUACACGAAAAGAAAUGUCUUCUAGUACUUUAAAUUUAGUGGUUGCAGGAGCACCUAGAAGUCAGAUUGUCAUGUUGGAAGCCUCUGCAGAGAAUGUUUUACAGCAGGACUUCUGCCAUGCCAUCAAAGUGGGAGUGAAGUGUAGCCAGCAAAUAAUUCAGGGCAUACAGCAGUUGGUAAAAGAAAUUGGUGUUCCCAAGAGGACACCUCAGAAGUUAUUUAUUCCUUCACCAGAGAUUGUGAAACACAUUCAUAAACUUGCAAUGGAAAGACUUUAUGCAGUUUUUACAGAUUAUGAACAUGAUAAAAUUUCCAGAGAUGAAGCUGUUAACAAGAUAAGGUUAGAAACUGAGGAACAACUAAAAGAAAAAUUUCCAGAGGCUGACCCAUAUGACAUAAUAGAGUCCUUCAAUGUUGUUUCAAAGGAAGUCUUUAGAAGUAUUAUUUUGAAUGAGUACAAAAGGUGCGAUGGUCGUGAUUUGACUUCACUUAGGAAUAUAAGUUGUGAGGUAGAUAUGUUUAAAACUCUUCAUGGAUCAGCAUUAUUUCAAAGGGGACAAACACAGGUUCUUUGUACUGUUACAUUUGAUUCACUGGAAUCCAGUAUUAAAUCUGAUAGAAUUAUAUCAGCUAUAAAUGGAAUAAAAGAUAAGAAUUUCAUGCUGCACUAUGAGUUUCCUCCUUAUGCAACUAAUGAAACUGGCAAAAUUACUGGUGUGAAUAGAAGAGAACUUGGGCAUGGUGCUCUUGCUGAGAAAGCUUUGUAUCCUGUUAUUCCCAAAGAUUUUCCUUUCACCAUAAGAGUGACAUCUGAAGUCCUAGAGUCAAAUGGGUCAUCUUCUAUGGCAUCUGCAUGUGGUGGAAGCUUAGCAUUAAUGGAUUCAGGUGUUCCAAUUUCAUCUGCUAUUGCUGGUGUAGCUAUAGGAUUGGUCACCAAAACCAAUCCUGAGAAGAGUGAAAUAGAAGAUUAUCGUUUGCUGACAGACAUUCUGGGAAUUGAAGAUUACAAUGGUGACAUGGAUUUCAAAAUAGCUGGCACUAAUAAGGGCAUAACUGCACUACAGGCUGAUAUUAAAUUACCUGGGAUACCAAUAAAAAUUGUAAUGGAGGCUAUUCAACAAGCUUCAGUGGCAAAGAAGGAAAUAUUACAGAUAAUGAACAAAACUAUUUCAAAACCUCGAGCAUCUAGAAAAGAAAAUGGGCCUGUUAUUGAAACUGUUCAAGUUCCACUCUCAAAACGAUCAAAAUUUGUUGGACCAGGUGGAUAUCAUUUAAAAAAACUUCAGGCUGAAACAGGAGUAACUAUUAGUCAGGUAGAUGAAGAAACAUUUUCUGUAUUUGCACCAACACCCAGUGCUAUGCAUGAAGCAAGAGACUUCAUUAGUGAAAUCUGCAAAGAUGAUCAGGAGCAACAGUUAGAAUUUGGAGCAGUGUAUACCGCCACAAUAACUGAAAUCAGAGAUACUGGAGUAAUGGUGAAAUUAUACCCAAAUAUGACUGCAGUACUACUUCAUAACACACAGCUCGAUCAGCGAAAGAUUAGACAUCCUACUGCUCUAGGAUUAGAAGUUGGCCAAGAAAUUCAGGUGAAAUACUUUGGCCGUGAUCCAGCUGAUGGAAGAAUGAGGCUUUCUCGUAAAGUGCUUCAGUCUCCAGCUACAGCUAUUGUCAAAACUCUGACAGACAGAAGCAGUAUUGUAGUGGGAGAACCUGUUUCACAGUCGUCAUCUAAUUCUUCCUCCCCAUGAUUGUUUUAAGAGAAUUCUAGGAUGAUAAUCAACAGAGCAAAAUUCCAGGAGUAUCUUCUAAAAUGUAGAUUUAUAUAUAGUAUAAAUACAUUCUAAUUAUUUGUACUAAAA